UUUCCGGGUACCCUGUAGGGCCGACACCUGGAUGCACAUAUGAGAUCAAUGUGCAAACCUCGUCCAGCUCCCAAUGCCUGCUUCAGCCGACCAUGAUGGCUUCGCAAGUCGUCUCUGCCGCAUUCUUCUGUCCUCGCACGAGACCUCCACCCCAGCAAUAUGUAGACGAAUUGAGGAUAUUCCUGCGCCACAAUCGGUAUGGAGCGGCUCUAUUGGCGCACGUCUCCAGCCUCGAGAGCACAUUGAGCCUUCUGUCUGAGUCCAGAGACGAUAUCGCUUCUAUACCGGACGGGGCUUACCUCACCCAACUUCUAGUCGAUUGGAGCAAAGAUGGCCCGUCAAGUCCAGUGUGCAGCGCGAAAUCGAGCAUUAUAGCCCUCCCAUUGUUGAUGGUUCUUCAACUAGGGCAAUAUUUUCGCUAUCUAGAGGCCUACGACAUCAAGCACCAUGAAUUUCUUCGUGGAUUAGGCGAAAACGGAGGAAUACAUGGGUAUUGCGGGGGAGCCGCAGCGGCACUCGCCAUCGCCUGCGCGGAAAAUGAGGAAGAGGUAGUUCAGCAUGCAGGUGUUCUUCUGCAUGUUGUUCUGGGUAUAGGUGCGGCUAUGGAGGCUGCCGACCAUCAGGCUUCACAACAUUCGGCCACAAUUGCUGUACGCUUGAAGUAUGAAGAGCAGGGCGAGGAAAUUGUGCGGAAAUUUCCUGGGACAUACAUCUCAGCUGUCACAGAACCAAAGUCGAUUAGUAUAGUCGGGCCAAGUUCUUUGCUGGCUUCGCUCACCAGCCACGCGAGGGAAAUUGGUCUACCUGUUCACGUCACCGAUAUUACCGGUAAAUCGCAUAAUCCGGAGAGCUGCGAGCUCGCCCAGCAGAUGAUUGAACUCCUUGACAAGCAUCCUCAGUUCCGGCUAUCUCAGCACGUAGUACCGCGAGUUUCUAUGCGAUCAAAUCUGAAUGGCGAUGUGAUAGCAACAAAUGCUUUGGUAGCGGACAUGGUAGCUAUGAUGCUUACAUCAAGAUGCGAAUGGUACACCCUAUUGAACCGAGUCGCAGAAGAUAUGAAGUCUUCAGAUCGACAGUCUCAUUUGAUUGCCGUGUUCGGUCUGGAUAACUGCGUCCCAAUGUCGCCAUUCCACAAACAGCAGGUCAUCACAUCCAAAUUCGAAGCUCGAUCGCUCCCCAUGGUAUCUGUGCAAAGGAUUUCGUCUGCCGAAUCUUCACUGAAAAUGAGCUCUUUCCCGGAUACAGCGGUGGCAGUAGUCGGUGCUUCGUGUAGGCUCCCAGGAGCGAAUAACAUGGAGGAGCUUUGGACCCUUAUUAGUGAGGGACGUGAUUGCCACCAGCCAAUCCCUUCAGACCGGUUCGAUACGAAUGCCAGCUCGAGAGAAUCGAAGGACGGCGCUGGAAAGCGAUCAGAAACUUUCUAUGGCAAUUUUAUCGACGACGUUAAAGGGUUCGACGGUGCUUUCUUUGGUGUGAAUCCUCGGGAGGCUGCAAAUAUGGAUCCCCAGCAGCGACUAUUGUUAGAACUGUCUUAUGAAGCCCUUGAAGACAGCGGGUACAUUGCAGGUCAUGACCGCGCAGCAGGUGAUUCCGUGGGCUGUUUUAUUGGAGCAAGUUUUGUGGAGUAUUUAGACAACACCAAUGCUCACGCUCCAACGGCAUAUACUUCAACAGGGACUAUACGCGGUUUUCUAUGCGGCAGAAUCAGUUAUCACUAUGGAUGGACCGGGCCUUCGGAAGUCAUUGACACAGCCUGCUCAUCUUCUUUAGUUGCCAUUAAUCGCGCAUGCAAAGCCCUGCAGACUGGCGAGUGCACAAUGGCUCUUACAGGUGGUGUCAACAUCAUUACUGGAAAGAAUAACUUCAUCGACUUGGGCAAAGCUCGGUUUCUGAGUCCGACUGGCCAGUGCAAGGCCUUUGACGCCACUGCCGACGGGUAUUGUCGAUCUGAAGGAGGGGGUUUAGUGGUCUUGAAACUACUCAAGGAUGCUAUUCAUGCACAGGACAAUAUCUUGGGUAUCAUUCCCAGUGUUGGGACGAAUCAAGGUGGUCUGUCAUGCUCGUUGACCGUCCCAUCCGUCCAUGCACUUCAAUCUCUUUACCGGGACCUCUUGAGACGGGCGAAUUUCCAGCCAUCCGACGUCUCAUACGUAGAAGCUCAUGCUACAGGUACACAAGCGGGCGAUCCAAUCGAAAUGGAGAGUAUACGAGCAGUUUUUGGAGAUCCGGAUCGCAUCAGUAGCCUUCCAGUUGGGUCGAUCAAAGGAAAUAUCGGCCACUGUGAGACUGCUGCCGGAGUUGCAGGCUUACUCAAAGUGAUCGCAAUGCUCCAGCACGGAAAGAUCCCAAAACAAGCGAAUUUCAAGAAUCUCAACCCUCAGAUUGCAGACUUGAGACCAGACCGUCUCUCGAUCCCGCAAAAGGAGAUUUCUUGGGUAGGAAAAUCCCGUGUUGCGCUGGUGAACAGCUACGGCGCGGCAGGAUCUAAUGCGGCAUUGUUAUGUUGCGAAGCACCGUGCUACCGAGAGUCCUCGACGUUACAAUACCCCGCUGAGGUCUUCUUUCCACUCAUCGUGAGUGCCGGCACGAAACAAAGUCUCAUACUUCAAACCCAGACUCUUAACCGAUACUUGAGCGAGAUGCCCUGCGACGUAUCACUUCCAGAUGUCGCUUUUACGUUGAACCAUCGAAGAGCGAUCCGAAAAUUUUGCGUCACUACAACAGUUUCAAGUGCGAAACCUGUUAUCGACUUAGAUUCCCUGACGUCCCAAGCUUUUCAGUAUCCAGAGAGUCCCAAGCCUGUCGUUCUGGUAUUCGGCGGCCAGACUGGUAAAAGUGUGUGUCUGAGCCGUGCCUGGCUAGACACCUACCCAGCGUUCCGGACUUAUGUCGAUAGUUGCGAUAGAGAGCUUAGAAGCUUAGGUUAUCCCUCUCUCUAUCCUGCCAUUUUCAGUGACGAGGAAUUAUCAAGUGCAGUGCUAGUCCAGUGCGGAAUGUUCGCUGUACAAUACGCAUGCGCAAGCUGUUGGAUUGACGGCGGUCUGAAGGUCGCAGCUAUUGUGGGCCACAGUCUGGGAGAAAUCGUGGCUUUGGUAGUGUCCAAAUCACUUUCUCUUGCGGAUGGCAUGAAGCUGGCAGCUAAUCGAGCGCACUUGAUUGAUACGAAAUGGGAUGGAGAUAAAGGCUUGAUGCUGGCUGUCAACACUUCGUCGGGGGAAGCAGUCCGGUUAAUCAACGCGGCACAAGCAAGAUCACCAGAUGUACGUCUCGACAUUGCUUGCUACAAUGCUCCUCAAUCGACUGUGAUUGGCGGGGAUUCAGCAAGUAUUGAGCAGGCGGAACAAACACUAUAUCAAGAUAUGUCGUUUGCUGGGAUUAAACACAAGCGCCUAUCAACGACACACGCAUUCCAUUCCAAUCUCACCACUCCGCUAGUUGCUGAUUCAGAGAUAUUGACGGACUCACUUUCAUGGAACGAGCCAGCAUUUCCCCUCGAAUUCUGUACUGCGACUCCUCUAGGCUCCAUCAAAGAAUGGAAAGCAGACAAUCACCUCAGGAAGCCAGUCUUCUUUUCUGAUGCAGUUCGACGCAUCGAAAAUCGACUGGGCGGAUCUGUGUGGCUGGAGGCGGGCUUGAAUUCACCCAUGUUGUCUCUUGCGAAGAGAUCAUGCUCCUCUCCAGAAAUGCAUUCCUUCUUCCCACUCGAUACUAGAUCAGUAAAAACGCCUGCAGAUUUGAUCAAUCAUACGAUUUCCGGGCUUUGGAAACAUGGGAUUUCGCUCAAGAAUUGGGCAUUUCUGGGCCAAAAUCCCAGAUAUGUUUGGCUUCCGCCGUAUCAAUUUGAGAGACGACAGCACUGGGUGGAGAACAUCGACCGCGCAACCGAAGCAAAUCGCAGAUCGAAAGAGGGUAUUUCAGGUACACCGCAAUCCCGAGGCCCGGAAGCAAGAUGGCUUGUACGCAGGCAGGGUGCACCAGACGCGAAAUCAAUGUCUUUUGAUAUUGACAGUGAAUGCGAUCGGUUUCAGAAGAUUGUGGCCGGUCAUGCUGUUCUCGGCCAAGCGCUUUGCCCAGCCUCAUUGUAUAUGGAGUGUGCUACUAUGGCAUGUAAUAUCGCAGGAUGCACUCCUGAAAACGCGAAUGUGCGAUUCGAUGACCUAGAGUUUCUCGGUCCUCUUGGAUUGGACCUACGAAAAAAGAUCACGCUUAGCCUGGAUCAGGUGGGCGAUGGUAUGGCAUGGGAUUUUACCGUGCAAUCGACUUUGUUUGAAGAUUAUGGGAAAUCGACCAUUCACUGCAAGGGACGGAUAUCUUUCACCAAAUCCGCCGACUUUGCACGUUGGUCGCGUUUGCUCGACGGCCGCACCGAGAGGCUGAAACAAUCCGAGAAAAUGUUGUCAAAACAGGCAUAUGAACUGUUCUCCCGGGUUGUUGACUAUUCCGCGUUUUUAAAAGGAAUUAAUUGCAUACACUUAGACAAGAAUGAGGCUCUUGCAACCGUCACACUUCAUCAAGAGGAUCAACCUGGUCGUCAUGAAAGUACUGCAUGGCAGCGUUGCGAUACAGCUUUGAUGGACGCUUUCAUCUCCACAUCUGGUCUUCUUCUGAACAACAGCGACAUCGUAUCAGAAGACCAGGUCAUGAUCGCUACAGGAAUAGAGCAGGUGAUGUUGGACUCAGCCUGUGCUAUGGAUUCAUCUGCACAGUGGACUGUCUAUACUAUGUUCACUAGAGUCGAUGAGUCAAAAGCCUUGAGUGAUAUUUUCGUAUACUCAUCUCAAGGCAAAAUGGUGGCAGCAUUUAGUGGUGUACGUUUUGCCAAAGUGGGGAUAUCGAAGCUACGCAGAACACUUUCAUCUGCGAAUCCCAAAAGUGCCAGUAGUUCUGUGGCGGAAACCAUAGAAUCGGCCACAUCAUCACUGGAUAUCACAUCUAUCACAGCGAGCAGUCCAGCGACAGAAAGUUCAGAUCAGGAAGGGCAGAAGGUAGAGACCUCCAUCACCCCCUUAGCGAAACCGGAGGAGAUGGCAAAGUCACUUAUCGCAGGUUUUGUCGGACUUGACGCUGGAAAUGUUCCCAUGGAUAUAUUGCUCGCGGACUUGGGGAUCGACUCGUUGUCUUCCAUUGAGCUCUCCACUGAGAUGCAGGUGCAAUUGAAAGUCUCUGCUUCACCCGAUGACCUCUGCAACAUGACCGUAGCAGAUCUUUCUCAGCACAUAUUGGGAUCGAUGCUGGGAAAGGCUAGCUCUGUAGCGCUCGAAAAGAAGCGGGUUUUCGAAGAAUAUCCGGUCAAGGACGCAGAUGUUGAAUCGCGAAGAGAAUACCAAAUCACGUUCGACGAUCCAUUCCGAGCUCUCGCCAAAGCGCAAUUUCGUUUCGACACUGCAGCGGAGGAACAUGGGUUUGCCAACUACUGGGACGAGCCCCAUCGCCUACAGAACGACCUCUUGAUAGCGUACAUUUUGGAGGCCAUGCAGAAUCUAGGGAUAAGCCUGGAAUCGAUGCCACCUUUGACACAUAUUCCACCACUGCCAAACAUACCGAAACACAGUCGACUCGUCUCGAGAUUAUGGAAAAUUCUUGAAGCCGACGGAAUCAUCAUGAGACAUGGAGACAUUGGUUCACGUGGACAUAAGAACCCCGUCAAUCGUUCUUCCGAGAAGCUCUACAACGCUCUUGUCUCACAAUUUCCGCAGUACCAACCAGAAGCCGAAUUGAUGAAAUUGACGGGACCUAAACUGGCACGGUGUCUUCUUGGGCAGCAGAACCCGAUAUCGCUCAUGUUUGGAAGUCCCAAAGCUGCAAAAAUAAUGCAGGACUAUUAUCAAAACUCUCCAAUGCUUUCAGUGCUUACAGAAACACUAGUUGAAUAUGUAAUAGAACUGUGCAAAGGGAUAACAACGACCCCUGAGGAGCCUAUCAGAAUUCUGGAGGUCGGCGCUGGCACAGGAGGAACGACUAAGAGGCUAGUAGAUGCACUGACUGCUGCUGGGGUGGAUUGUCACUACGAAUUCACCGAUAUCUCAGCAACGAUGGUAGAGCAAGCACGAGAAAAGUUUUCGAAUCGAACUUGGAUGAAAUUCCAUACCUUCGAUUUGGAAAAAGAGGUCGAAGACAGAUUCCGCAAUCAAUUCGACAUUGUGAUUGGCACAAACUGCGUCCACGCGACGAAGAAUAGGGUUCGUUCGUGCCAGCGUCUGCGAGACACGUUGACUGAUAGCGGCCUGCUCAUACUCUCCGAAGUCACACAAGUCAUCGACUGGUAUGACAUAUGCUUCGGCUUGCUAGACGGUUGGUGGUAUGCUUCCGACGGGACAGAAUACCCUCUGCAGCCAUCGCACGUCUGGCUCGAGGCGUUCCGAUCCGCCGGAUUUGCGUCUACAUGCUGUUCGGGAGGCACCUCGCGGGAAUCGACAACACAGCAGCUACUUGUGGGAUACAAGCGGGAUCAGCCACCUGCUCGCUCGAAUUCCAUCGUAUACCGCACAGAUGCGAUGGAGUAUAAAGAAGUACAGGGUGUUCGUAUCCAAGCAGAUGUCUAUGUUCCAUACGCUGUCAGACCGGCACCGAUGCCCGUGGCUCUGCUGAUACACGGAGGUGGACAUAUUGCUCUUUCUCGGAAAGCCGUCCGCCGUGCACAAGUGGAUCACCUUCUUGCGAAUGGAUUUCUGCCGGUCAGCUUAGACUACCGCCUCUGCCCCGAGAUCAACUUGAUUGACGGCGCAAUGGUCGAUGUGCGAGAUGGUUAUUGGUGGGCGAGAAACAAACUGCCUCUUGAACUUCUGAAAAGAGGUAUCGUUGUGGACAGCGAUCGUGUCAUCGUCGUUGGAUGGUCGACUGGAGGCCAUCUGGCCAUGUCUCUUGGCUGGACCACAAAGAAAGCGGGUAUGCCGCCGCCUGCUGCGAUCCUGAGCUUCUAUGCGCCUGUUGAUUUUGAAUCCCGCGAGUUGGAUGACAAUCAUGGGAAAUCACUUCCUGAGCCCAAAAUGGAUAUUCGAGCCCUUCUUGCGAAUCUACCGAGGACUCCCGUCACAAACCACGGCACAAACCCAUCAGACGAGACUCGUCUGGGAUUCUUAAAUUCAGGUGACGCACGAUCAGAACUCCUUCUCCACGUUUUUAAGAAUCGCAUUGGUCUUCCAUUACUGCUCAAUAAUCUUCCAGAGAAUGGCAGUCAAGACGGAGAGUACUUGUCUCCUCCAUCUGCUGAACGCAUUGCGGCAGUCAGCCCGUUGGCUCAACUUCGCCUGGGCAACUAUAACGUACCUACGUUUAUUAUACAUGGUGAUCGAGACGAAAUCGCUCCGUUUGCUGCCGCGGAGCGUUUCAUUCAAGAGAUGGGAAGACGAGGUGUGAAAUAUGGAUUCUUGCGACUGGAUGUGGGUCACGUCUUUGACGUGGAUGUCCAGCCGGGAACCGCAGCAUGGGAAGAUCAAAUUGCGCCUGGGUACAAGUUUCUUGCUGGUUGCUUGUAA